AAAAGACACGGGAUGGGCCUGGCAUAUCAGUAGCCACCGCCGUGAAUCAGGAGCAAGGCCGAGCACCACCGACGGUGCUAUCGCAGGUCCUCUCCCUGCAUGGACUCCUCGGGUUUGAGUCUUCGUGUGUGACCGAGCGAGGCAAAGACAGGCGGACGAUUGCAAAGAUACACAGCACUUAUCCGGAUAUACCAUUCUUAUCCGGCUAAACCUGGAUUAUCCGGAUGCAUCCGCGCAGGCUUGGUCGUUGACACAACCGUGACGAAGGAUGGCGUCGGCCGCGGAGGACGUAGGCCGCGGCGUCGUGGCGACGCUCAGUGCGGUGGCCUUGCUCGGCUUUGGCGAAGCGUGCGUACUCUGCAAGAAGCCCGUGCCAUUGCGCUAUGCGCUGCGCUUUGCAACGCACAACGUGCUGCAUAGCUUUGUGUGGCGAACAGUCGAGUCGCCGCUGCUGUGCCACGCCGCGCGCCUGCCCUCGGUCGCCUUGAACGACACGAGCUUGCUCUCCGAAAGCCUCCGUGCUAUGCGGUAUCUCAUUGCAAGCUACGGCCUUUUGCACCAGCUCUUGCGACUGCAGACGCCCGCUAUGCCACGCCGUGAGGCGACCCGCGCGCCAUUCGACCGCGUCGUGCGGCUGAGCCCCGAUGCGUCGCGACUCUCAAGCGCCUUUUUACAGCCAGACGAUGCAAGCAGCAGUACGACGAGGGUGCUGCCGAUUGCAUGGAACGCGGUGUCCCGUGAAGACGUCCAUAUCCAAAUGCACGAGUGGUGUCUGCAGCACGAAGCCCCGCUUCGCGACGAUCUCUUGUUGCUAGAAGUCGACCUUUCGGCGCCCUUUGCGGACUCUGCGCAGGCUGACAUGGCCGUGCACGCCAUGCGCGGCCUCGUGCGCCCCUUCCGCGGUCCCGACGCGCUCGCGCGGCACUUGGAUGCGACUGUUGUCGCGCUCGCAUCGCCGUGGGCGAUCCCGCCUCUGCUGGGGCACCCGUCGUGCGACGUGGUUGUCAACACGUCGUCGGUGGUGGCGCACACCGUAGCGGGCUUUGUCGGCCGCGCGCAAGCCACGCCGACAAGCAAUGUCUACGUGUAUGCUGAUGGCGCCGCGCUCACGCAAGGGCUGCUGCAAGAAGACAUUGUUGCAACUGCCGUCGUAUCGAGCGAGGUAGUCGAGACGGCCGGCGUCUUCAUUGUCGCACUCGAGCACGGGGAUGCAGCGUGCGUCGAGCGCCUCGUGGCACAAGGCGUGGCACCGACCCAGAUUAUUUGGGUGCAGCAGCAACCGGAACGCGUCACGUCGGCGGCAUGGGUCGUCCACGUUCCAGCGCUGUUGAACGAGGAGCUCGCUGUGAUCCGCGCCCAGCUGCGCUGCGGUAUGCCCACGGCGCUCGUCCAAGACAACGUGCGCGACAAGUACGGUCCGCUCAACGCGCUGCAGGGGGACACACCGUUCCGACGGGACCGACACUCGGUCGUUCGUGUAGUGUAGUCGUGAUAACUCGAUUGCGGCAGUAGAGACGACGUGCGAUGGUGGUCGAUGGUCGUCGUAUCGAAAAACAAGAAGAGAGUUUCUUAUUAAGUCAUGCUCGGUCGGUA